GGAGUCCUAUAGUGUUUAAUUAAUACGAGAUCUGAUGAGUCUCAGCUGCCCACUCUUACUUAUUACAUGUCUACAUUUUAAAUGAUUUUCUUUGUACACUUUUACUUACACGUUUGAUUUCCCAUUUGGUAUCUAGACCUCCCCAAGGACAACAGCAGGGGUCAUACAUCAGCAGAGGUACAAUAAAUCAUUGUCGACCUCUGUCCGUGGUCCUGAUACUACCCUGCGUAUUCUUCAACAAGGGCGCCCUCCUGUAUUUUACAGAUACUUUGACUUAUAAGCAUUGUCUAUAAAACGUUACAUUAAUUUGCUUGAAAAACAAGUAAAGGAUGGUGUAGAUGCGAAGUGCGCCGCAUGACAGUGCUGCAAGCACAAGUAUCAAGGUGUUGCGGGCAGCGAGCUUUGCUUCUUGUGUCGUGGGCACUGCAGUAGCGCGCUCUGCGGCUGCUCACUGUCUCGUAGAGUCCCGCAGACAAAGUGAUGGAGGGUGGUAAGUUGUGAGGCAGAGGACGGGGGUUUUGUCCCCUCACAAAGGCCACAUCUGAAACAAUGGCGGAGGACAAUCCACUGAGGGGGCUUCCCCGGAUCCGAAGGGCUACGACCUCCUUUCCUGGAAAUCUCCACCUGGUUUUUGUGCUGCGGCCCAGGAGUCAACCUCAGAGCACCGGCUCAGACCUGGGCUUCCGUUUCACACAAGAUGACUUUAUGCUCAAGAUGCCGGUGGUCAUGCUGAGCUCAGUGACUGAUCUGCUCCACUAUAUCAAUGAGAAUCAGUUAAGUUCUGAGUUUGGUGGAACUAUGGAAUGCUGCCCUAGUGACUGGAUAGUUCUGAGAACGGCCAUAGAGAGCUUUGCAGUGACCGUAAAGGAGAUAGCCCAGUUACUGCAGGCCUUCGGUACAGAACUGGCUGAGACAGAGUUGCCAGAUGAAGCAAACACAAUCGAUUAUCUCCUCAGAUCUCACACGGACAAGUACAGACAGAUGAAGGAUGACAUUCGGGCAGUCAUACGAGAGGGGAGGCAGAUCCUGUCCAACCUGGAGGGCGUCAGGGCAGCAGAAGACGCUGCAGCAGAGGAAAGAAACAUCAACCAGGACAGGGACACAGUACAGAGGCUCUUGGCCCAGCUGAGGGAUAUGGAAACGGCUUUUGAUGGUUUUUUUGAGAAGCACCACCUUAAGCUACAACAGUAUCUACAGCUGUUGAGAUAUGAACUGAGUUUCCAUGAGAUGGAGAGCACCCUGGAGAAGCUGAGUGUAAGGGAGAAGGCCAUCCCUACUGUAGGGGCGACUGUGGCUCAGACUGAUCAGCUCCUCCAAGAUCUGGAGGCCUUGGACUCUACGGCUGAGGAGGAGAUGGGGCAUGCUCAGAUCAUCAUCCUGCAUGGGCAUCAGCUGGCCGCGAGUCACCACUAUGCUCUGGCUCUAAUAGUGCAGCGCUGUAAUGAAUUACGACAUCACUGUGACACGCUGACCACUGCACUGCGCAACAAACACAACACACUCACACGCACACGGGAACUACUGCUGCGCCUUGAGGAGACAAUGCGCUGGUGUGAUGAGGGGGCCUAUCUCUUGGCUAAUCAGCUGAUGGAUAAGUUCCAGUCUAAGGAGGGGGCUCAGGCUGCUCUGCAGGACAUAGAGAAGCUAAUAGAGGCAGCUCCACUUCACCUACAGAGGCUGAUGGAAGCAGCUCUGUCAGGCCUCCACCCUGAUCUGCUUACAUUGGACUUCCAGGCAGUUCUCACCCCACAGUUACAGUCCCAGAUAGAAGCAGUUGUACAGAAGCUGACUACCAUGCAGGCAAUGAUCCACAGCAGGCAGGCCUGCCUGCGCAAGCUCGCUGACAUCCAGGUCAGACCCAUCCAGCAUGUGUCUCCCAGGCCAGAGAGUCCCCCACGCUGCAAAUCUCCCCUCUUCUCCCCAAAACACAGCUUUGAUGUGAAUUCCAGUUUGAAGUUCAACUUUGACCUCUCUCUACCUUGCAAACGAGUCUCACGGAAAAACAACAACACUAAGAAGAUUGAGGUUCAGCAUGACUAUGAGGGAAAACGCAACAGCCUGGUGUAUGAACCAGAGGGACUAGAGACCCAAGAUCAGCAUAGACGCCAUGUUAUGAAGGAGUUGAUUGAGACAGAGAAGAUCUAUGUAGAGGAGCUGCUGUCAGUGUUAUUGGGUUACAGGGCUGAGAUGGAUAACUCUGCCCUCUCUCACAUUCUGCCCUCCCAACUGCAUAAUAAGAAGGACGUUUUAUUUGGAAACCUGCCAGAAAUCUACAAAUUCCACAGCAGGAUAUUUGUUCAGGACCUGGAGAGCUGCGUGGAGAGCCCAGAGAGAGUGGGAGCAUGCUUCCUGGAAAGGAAAGAGAAUUUCCAAGUAUAUGAACGUUACUGCCAGAACAAGCCUCGCUCUGAAGCCCUGUGGAGGCAGUGCUCGGAAUCACGCUUUUUCCAGGAGUGUAAACAAAAACUGGACCACAAACUGGGGCUGGAUUCCUAUUUGCUCAAACCCGUUCAGCGUCUAACCAAGUACCAGCUGCUACUGAAGGAGUUGCUGAAGCACAGUACAGAGUCGCAGUAUGUUUCUGAAAUGCAGGGGGCGCUCAAUGCCAUGCUGGACCUCCUUAAGUCUGUCAAUGACUCUAUGCACCAGAUAGCCAUCACAGGUUAUGAGGGGGAGCUGAAAGACCUGGGAGGGUUGCUGAUGCAGGGCUCCUUCAGUGUGUGGGUGAGCCACAGAAAAGGGGCCACGCGGGUGAAGGACAUGGCUCGCUUUAAACCCAUGCAGAGACAUCUGUUCCUCCAUGAGAGGGCACUGCUCUUCUGCAAGAAGAGAGAGGAAAACGGGGAUGGGCCAGAGCGCACAGCCUCCUACAGCUUCAAGCACUGCCUCAGGAUGAGCUCUGUGGGAAUCACUGAGAACAUUAAGGGGGAUGUGAAGAAGUUUGAGAUCUGCUACAGUGGCAGAGAAGAAGUGUACAUAGUGCAGGCUCCCACAGUGGAUGUAAAGAUGGCAUGGCUCGGUGAAAUCAGAAAAAUUCUCACAAGCCAGCAGAGGACUCCUCAAGAUGACGGUCAGGCCGCAGGGGAACAGCCACUGUCUCCUCCAUUAGCUCACAGCAAGCUGCAGGAGGUGCCAAUGAGCUCUGAGGAGGCUGAGUCGGGUCGCACUAGUCCAGUUCUGACCGAUCCUGUGGUCUUCUCCCCCCGGCCACGGCACCACAACCGACGCAGUUGGCCAGGCACCUCUAACUCAGUGGACAUUUGUGAGGGGCUGGAAGACUGGUCCACAGACUUGUCCUACAUCUCAGACUCUGAUGAGGAGGAUGACGUUGCAUUGGUGCCGGGAAAAUACCGUGCAAUGGUGGACCAUUUAAAGUGUGGCAAAGAUGAAAUCAUCAUAAAGAAUGGUGAUGUCAUUCAAUUACUGCAUGAGAACACAGCAGGGCUUUGGCAAGUUAAAAACCUGACUAGAGGAGGCGAAGGGCGACUGCCUAUCGAUACCUUGCAGAGAAUACUGGGAAAUGAAGGCAGAAGUUAUAUGACUAGAUUGGGAGGUGACCUUAUGGCUCGGGAGAUAUGAAGAGCAUGAAACUCAACAGCCUGUAACUGGAUCAUCCACAGGGACACAGAACCAUCACAACAAAAGGACGACAAUAUCCUGUAUUUGAACUGUUCACAAACUAACCCGAGCACAGGUGCACCCUGCCCCCUCCCACACACCUAUCCACCCACAGACACACAGCAAAGUUCAGUAAAGAAAGCAAAGGAGUAAAGAUCAAUGUGAAUUUCAUCUCCCAUUAACUGGUUUCUUCAACCAUGUGGUACAGAUUAGAUCUUGGUCCAGAACAGCUGGAAAAUGACACAACUUUGAGCACAACCUGUUACACUGAUCUGCAUUUCACAUGGGAGACAUUAUCAUCAGCAAAAACAGCUAGAAGUUGGGUUUUUUUCUAUAUAUUCACAGUCCAUAAUGACUCAUCCUAUGUGCCAUCCACUGGUUGGUUCAGAGCAGUCAUACAGAACUUAAACGUAUGGUAUGUUACUGGUUCUUUUCCUUUUCAGACACAGAGCCAGUUAAGAUUGCUGUUUGAAAACUGUUAAUAUAGGAACCAUAUGAUGGGACAGGACCUCUGCUGUUCAAGAACUACUUUGUGUGCCAAAACUUGAUAUUCCAUUACCAUUUGUCACAGUUUUUCUAAUCUUUUAUUAUACUUAAAUAGUUUCAUAGCCUCACAUACAUGUUUGAUCCAGAGAACAUGAGGAUUACUUAGAAAUCCUAAAAUUUCUCAUAGUGUCUGUUAAGUUUAUCACUUUAGCUGUACAGACCCAAUGAGCAGCCAUGUUAGCUAAAGGCUUUUCCCCUCAGCCAAAAGCCACACCCUCAGCCAACAGCCACGCCCCUUAAUUAAAGAUGACUCCCCCCAGCCAAUGACCACUCCACUUAAGUAAAGAUGACUCCCCUUAUCUAAAGAUGACUCCCCUCAGCCAACAGCCACUCCCCUUAACUAAAGAUGACUCCCCUCAGGUUACAACAGCCAUUCCACUUAACUAAAGAUGACUCCCCUCAGCCAAAAGCCACACCUUCAGCCAGCUAAAGGUUGCUUCCCUCAUUCCUCUUGUGCUGUGAGGUAUGUGGCAGACUUAGAAAUAUAACUUGCACAUGAAGCAGUACUUCCAGUUCUAAUUUAUAGAGUGAUGUAAUCUAUAGAGAAAGAUAUAAAGGGGUGUUUCACUAAAGAGAUCUCCAACAAACUGAUUGUUUUGCAUGUGUGGCAUGUUAAUAAAUGCACAUGGAGAAUUCAUGUUCAUAAACACACAUGAACAGUGGGUUUCAGCUGACAUGUUUCUUCCAUAUGUGUGUUUCAUUACCUUCUAAACGUUUGAAAGCCAUAAAUGUGAAAUUAUAUCUACAGUAUGAUUUAUUAUUAUGAAAUUGAUCCCAUGUCAAUAUAGUAUAAAAUCUAUAAAAAUACUUUAACUAGAUAUGUAAGCACAGAAUGUAUGAUGAGAAGACCUAUUUUUUUCUCAGUUGCAAUGUGUCUAUUAAAUUAUCACAGUAAAUAUGACCAACUGUACAGACAAAGAUGUAUUUGGUCUACAAAGUAUGUUUAUUUAAUAUUGUGGCAGUGAUUAAUGUGUUUAAAUUUCAUUUUCCCUGAUGUUCAGAAAAGUAAGAAAAAGUAUGACAUCUAGCACUGAAUGUUAUUAUUAAUUUUUUACACAUUAGCCUGCUGAUAUUUGUAAUACUCAGUGCAGACCCAGCAGAAGGCCAUGCUGCAAGGCUGUCUUCAUCAGUGUUUCAGUACUGUUCAGUGCUUCAGUACUGUUCAGUACUUCAUCAGUGUUUUAGUACUGCACCAUGUUUUUGUUUCCAUGAAAUGCUUCAGGUCCAGAGCUAAAUGCAUUACAGUGCUGACUGAGUUCCAACAUGCUAGCAUAAUUUGUAUUAUGAUGGGGAUAACCAAAUAUGGUUGUGUGUUCUGAAACUAAGAACAUACUUAAUAUCACAUCAGAGCAUUUUUGUGUUGAAUAAGCAUCUGCAAAAUGUCAAAUAAAGUUUGGUUUCUCCAUUAAA